CUGACUUACUCAUCCUCCCACAAUGCACUGCGGGGAAAACAACGUCACAAUCUUGCGACCCAACGUGGGUCCAACAAGAGGAACGGUCCAGCGAUAGCUUUAUCCUGAUUAUAAUAGUUAGCCCGGAAAAAGCACCUCCUACGGGCCUUAAACUGCACGUACACUAUUUAAAGUGUUUUGGAAUACUUUUUAACUGUGGAGUUCCACUUUUUUCACCAGCCGCCGCAACGCGUCAAAUACCCGUCAUGAAAUUCGAGAUUUCUGAGCGAUCGGCCACGUUCCUGUUGGACGCGUCCUGCCUGUACAGAGACACGUGUCCGGAGAUGUCGCGGUUCUUUCUGCAGGGCACUGUGAAGGCUAAUGCACCAGCGGACCCGAAAGCCCCCUGGCUGCAGCCGAGCACCUCGGUGUGUCCGUAUUGUUAUCAGUGGCUGCGGCCCGACAAUCACCGGAUCCGGCUGCGGCCCAAGCAGCGGCUGUCACCGCGGGUGCAGAGUGUCCUGCGCAGAAAGGCUCGGGGAAAACGGCUCGGUCUGCUGCAGCAGAACCUGCUGCAGCGCUUCCAGAAGUCCUCCUCUGUACUGAUGGCCACCUGCCACACUUGCAGUAAGACGUCCAGACACAAAGGGAUGAACAGGGACUUCAUAGCGACCCUCGCUAAGACCCACGGCACACCGGGGAGCGCUGGCAAACACAAGACCCCACAGUCCACCCCCAGGGCCAUCAUGACAACCCCAAAGCACCCCGGCAAAGACAAGACCCCCGCUCAUACUCCUAGGUCCUCCGCAUCCUUCAACACAUCAGGGUCAGGCUCAUCUUCCUCCAAGACUCCCUCCAAACCUAAAAAUUGGCUGGUCCAGGGUCUCGGCAAGAUUCUAAUGCGAGAGGACCGGCAGGGUAGCAAGAAGGUGGGCUUGAAAGAUUUUCUUUCCUCACUUUGAGUAUCCUGCUCGUUUUUAUGUAAACUCUUAAAAACAAGGGUUUAGGCCCACAUUUGUAACCCGGUAACACCAGAGGCCACGUGGGAACUUUGGUUUCCAAGCCGGUGGGGGAAGGGUUACAGCUUGCCCACCAACACAGCUAUUGCUGGGCCGUUUGGAAUGGCACUCCUGGUAUCCUGAACGCAUCCACCGGGAGCACUGGCUGGCUAUUUCAGCUGUUAAUCAGGGGCACUGCAUCUUCCGCUGAGCCUGUUGGAGGUAAAUGCUUGUUCUAAUUUAGCACAUGCCUCCUUUAAUCUCCUAAACUGGGGAUGUUAUUUUUAUGUUGAAGGGUUGAGAAAUAAUUCAGUAAGUCUCAAAUGGCGGAAACAUCGCAGCAACUCUAACUGUGAAUAGCUGGUUUACAUGCCAAUUUCCUUCUGCAUUUUGGAUUUUUUAUUUGUUUCAUACGGAUACUUUUUUUUUGUAUUCAUAUUACUGUUUUCAACUAUUACUUACUUUAUUUUUUGCCUCAUCAGCUGGGAGAUAUGUCUGUGUAAAUUAAUUUGAAAGUUGAAAUUAUUUGAUCUGAUUGUCAAAUGUUUAAAUGCCAUUGCAUUUUUUUUAAACUGGGAGGAUAUUUAUAAUUAUCCUCUAAAAUGAGACCCACCAGUUGCAGUUUACAUUGAAAGGGCACAUCUGCAUAAAACCCGUACAAAAAGUACGCACAUUCAAUAUGGUCAACGCUGUGGAUUUUCUUAAUAUUUCCUUUGCCAUAUGUUUUUGAGAAGCAAUAAUUUUGAAUAUAUUACUAUGUUUUGUACUCCCUGAUCACCUACCAGUUUUCACUGUUCAAUGAAAACACAUUUGUAUUCCUACAACACUGUGAUUCUCUAAAAUAAAAACCUUUUAGUCUG